UUGAAAAUCGUGGUGUUGAAAACAUCAGGACAGUGCAGUGUUAUUAGUCUGUGUUCCUGAUUUUUUUUUUAUUGUUUUUAAACAGGGCCGUAAUUAAUCGUAAAAUAUUAUCAUAAGUCAAUCAGUACGUUUACAUAUGUUUAGCGAGUCUGAAAAGUUUUGUUUACAUUAGUAAUGGAUGAAUUUUAAAAAACAUAUGAUGACGCAACUCAAGUAUAUGAAUGCAUUUCAUUGUAUAUUUUCCGUCGAAAUUCCUACAUUUAACGAAUAAAUAUCACUUCAAAGCAAUUUUAAAAUAUGACUUCUGAUGAACAUAGGGAAUUGGUCAGUUUGAUCAGAGGCGUUCACAAUAAAUUGAGAAAAUCUUUAUCCAUCAUUGGUCAUCAAUUUGAAACCUCCCAAUCUGAAGUAGUUUAUGAACAACAGUGUCUCUAAGCUGAUGAUUCAUCAUAUAGGCAGUGUCAGUCAGUUCAGGUGGUGAUCCAGAUAAAGUAUGGGAUGAGCAUCUAAAUGAGAAAGAUCUUAGGAAACAAUAUUCUUUAGCUAUGUGGAAAUUAGCUACACAAGUAUGGAACAAAAAUGAAAAGGACUGUCGGAUCAAGUGGACGUAUAGAACUUGCAUGGAUUACUUUUAUCAUGGCGGAUUAAAGAAAUCUUUGUUGAGAGCAAUGAAACUUGCAAAAUGCCCUAUGAGUGAUUUAAAUUACAGCCUUACAGACACUAAUGAAUAUCUGGAUAGAAAGCUUCAGCUCCUAGAUGUUGGUAGCUGUUAUAAUCCAUUCUCGAAGUUUCCACAAUUUUCUUGUGUGGCAAUUGAUUUGACUCCAGCAACAGAGGAUGUUAUAGAGUGUGAUUUCCUAACAGUAGAUAUUCUUGAAAAGCCAACAGGUGAAAAUUCAACUAUUUCCUACAAGCCAUGUUUUCAUGCAGAAAGUUUUGAUAUCGUUGUGUUCUCAUUGGUCUUGGAAUAUGUACCUGCUCCUAAGCAAAGAGCAGUUUUUUGUGUUAAGGCAUGGAAACUUUUAAAGCAGAAUGGUUUAUUUAUCAUUAUAACACCUGAUUCUAAAAGUGUGCAUCAUAAUGCCCCUAUGAUGAAAAGCUGGAAAUCAGCUUUGGAAAGAAUUGGUUUCUUUCGUGUGAAAUAUGAUAAACUCCAACAUCUACAUUGCAUGGCUUUCAGAAAAAUGCAGAGUUCUCAAAUAUAUGAUUCCUCAUUCUAUGAUUCCAUAUCAGAACUUUUAUACAUACCACAAGAUUUUAUUGUGUAUUCUGAAACAAAAGUUGUUGAAAGGACAGAAGCAGAAGAUUUCGAUAUAUAUAGUGGCUUUCUAGAACUGCCAGAAGAAAAUGUGUUUUAAGUAAUUUUCUUUCACUUAAUGACAUGUAUUUUUGUAAUGCAUCUUAAUUUUUAAGAAAAAGGAUACUAAAAAUUAAUUUUGAAAUGAUGUAGAAACUGGUGUAAGUAGUAUGAUGGAGUAAGUUUAUUUUUUGUUUCGUAUAAACACACUUCCUGCCAUUAAAAUUGCUACACGAUGAAUGCAGCGUGCAACAAGUGUCAAUUUCAAGAAAGGUACUACAUGCUUGAAUAUGCGGAUGAUUAGCAUGCCAGCAGAUGCAGAAAGCAGGGGCAGUGGACGGUCGUUAAUUCGAACUAAUCCAAAGACCACCAAUAACUUAUAUUGGAAUUAAUGUUAAAAAUAUCUCGUUAAUUCAAACUAAAUUUUUAUCACUUUGGUUACUUCAAACUAAAAAUUUGACACAAAAAAUUUCUUUUUCCUCAUUUAAUGAAGAAAAUACACACUAUUAUUUUUUUUGUGUCAAAAUCUUUUUUUUUUUUUUUUUUUUAAUUUGUGAAGAGGCAUAUGCCUGCAUUCCUAGACUAUUGCAUUUCCACUUAACAUUAGUGAGUAUUGUCCUACUGUCCACCUCUUAUCAGUGCUUAAUGGGCAAAGCUCCCUGACCUAACUUUUCUUUUGAUUCAUUCAGAACCCUUUAUGAAUGGGUAGAGGUAGGGGGAAUCGUUUGUUUAUUUGUUGUCAGUCUUUUUAGAAUUUCAGAAAACCAUUCCUUACUACAGAUUCUACAGAGCUGCAUCAGUUAUGCCUGCAGUGCACACAAGAUAAUGUGCUCUGGUUUUUCUUCCUCAGUGUGUGGUGUGAAUGUGUAAAAUUUCAGGAUGUUUACAUCGUGGGAGGUACAAAAUUCUAACUUUGGAGACAAAGGUAGAAAUUUUAAAGAAAGUGGAGAAUGGCAAAUAUAAAACAAUUACAAUUUAGAUUUAUGGGGAAAAUUAGAAUUUGCUAGAGGAAGGAAAUACAUGAGAAAUGCAUCUGAAAAAAUCUAGAAAAAGCUUUAUUGCUAUGGUUCUAGGGGGCUAAAUCAUGAAAUUUUCCCUUAAAUGGACCCCUGUUGCAGACAAAGGCUAAUGAACUGGCAAGUCAAAUAGGUAUUCAAAAUUUUUUUAAGUGCAGUGAUGAAUCGCUUGCUCAAUUUAAGUCGAGGCACAAUAUUUCUUAUCAAAAUGUGUGUGGCCAAAGCUGUGAUGUAAAUGAAAAUGUAUGCACUAAUUUCAGUAGGAAAGUGACAGGGCUUUUCUCUACUUACCUGCCGAGAGAUAUUUUUAAUGCAGAUGAAACUACAUUUUUUCAUAUAAACUCUUGCCAAACAAGACAUUGCAGUUUAAAGAGGAUGCUUGUGCAGUAAACAGAGGAUUACUGCUAAUGUGGAUGGGAGCGAAAAGCUUAAAUGAUUAGUGAUUGGAAAGGCCAAGAAUUCAUUGUGUUUUAAAUGAAUUUGAACACUGCCAGUAGAUUAUGUAUCCAAUGCAAAAGCAUGGAUGACAGGCGCCAUCUUCAUUAACAGUUUAAAAAGAAUAUAUAAGCAAUUUUCGAGGGAAAGUGUAUAAUUCUUUUAUUUGUGGAUAAUGCUACUUGCCACAGUAACCUCAUGGAACUGAGUUUCAUAUAGGUUGAAUAUUUGCGGCCAAUCACAACUAUGAACCUACAACCAGUAGAUCAAGAAAUCAUCCAGAAUCUUAAAACAAAUUAGAGACUCUUACAAAAAAUAAUUUUGUCUUUAGACUGUGGUGAAAACUAUGAGAUUACUCUGCUGGCAGCUAUAAACGAUUUAUAUGCCACAUCGGAGGCUGUUAAAGAAAGCACAAUUAGUAAUUGUUUUUGUCAUGCUAAAUUCAUGCAUGUGAAAGAGAACAGUUAUAUUUAAUAAUGUGACGAUAUUGAUAGAGCUUUUCCUGAAUUCAAAAACUUUAAAUGUUAUGAAGUUACAUUUUCUGAUUAUGUAAGGAAUGAAGACUUGGAACUCUAUGGAAAACUGGGCGACGAUGGCAUAAUAAAAGCUAUCUGAGAAGAUGAAAAAAAAGACCUUAUUGGAUCCAGAAGAGAAUCCAUAGACUGUGUCCUAAUAAUCAAGCCAUAAUGGACUCAAUAAAAUUUCUGAAAGUGAGAUGAAGUGUUUACUUCAAAUCGAGAAGCUGGCUCAAAAAUGUAGGCAUAAUAAACAAAACCAAACAUCCAUUUUACGGUUUUCCCAAAAGUGUAAUUCGUAUUUUUAAUUAAAGUUUUCUUUCUACUGCAUAUCUCCUGCUUCAUC